AUGGCAACCAUCGAAGCCCAGGACCUCAGAGAAAGAAUCGGGCGCUUUCGAGUUCUGAUCAUGGGGAGAGCAAACGCAGGCAAAACGACUAUCCUUCAGAAGGUCUGCAACACCACCGAUCAACCAGAAAUUACCGAUACCCAAGGAAACAAGCGAGGAAAUCACGAUAUCACGAACGAAAUGGUUUUCAAAAGUAAUCCCGGUUUCGUAUUCCACGACUCAUGCGGUUUCGAAGCGGGAUCUGAAGAAGAAUUCAAGAAUAUGAAGAACUUUAUCUCAGAACGGGCACAUGCGACAAAAUUGGAGGAGCGAAUUCACGCCAUCUGGUAUUGUAUUCCGAUGGACGACCAUUGUCGAACAUUCCAGCGAUCAGAAGAGAAGUUCUUCCGGGAGUGCGACACUGGCCAUGUUCCUGUGGUCGUGGUGUUCACCAAAUUCGAAGCUCUGCGUCCCGUCGCAUUUGGAGAAAUCAAGAAGCAACUAAAGGGAGUAUCGAAAGAAGAACGCUCAAAGAGGAUUGCCGAGCGCGUUGAGGAACUUUUCACCAAGACAGGAGUAUUGGAUCAGUUGGGCAACCCCGAAAAUCGUGCGCGUCCUAAGUCCUAUGUACGCUUGCAGGAGAUGAAUAAAGCGGAUAUGAACUGCAACGCUCUACUGGAACACACCACUUUCGCACUAGACAACGAAGAAUUGCGGUUGUGCUUGGUGUCGACACAAAAAUCAAACAUGGAACUUUGCAUUAAGUGUGCCAUCGCGUGA